AUGAAAUGCAAGCGGUGCACAACCAGCGAGGGAUGCCUUGUAUCUCGAAAUGAGACGUUUUGCGGUGAAUGCUUUUCUAGAUUUGUGCUAUUGAAGUUUCGUAAGCAGAUGAUGAUGGAUGAGUAUUGUCAGCAAGUGUUUAAAGUUCUGUAUGCAGACAAGCACCGCACAGCUGUGGAAGCCGAUGAGCAAAAUAAGCGCUCGGUGGUUCUUGUUCCUCUAUCUCUGGGAUCUUCGUCGCUUGCCAUGCUGGAUCUGCUAAAUCAAACGUUAAGCGAGCAGCGGGCAGCACACAACCGGACUGGCUUCCAGGUGAAGGUAGUCUUAUGCGGUUUUUCUGCAGACAUGGACGAGCUCAAGAGGCUAGCUGAGUCUCUACAAACCGAACGUCUUGCCAUGAAUAGCGACUGUAUUAAGCUCUACUUAUUGGACCUGGAUCGCUCGUUUUCUACCUGUGAGAUUCACAAACUGCUUCUUGCAAAUGACAACCACGGCUCACGCAAAAUUGCGACUAGAGAAAAUGCGACUUUGAGUAGCAUACUAGAUCAGUUCUCGAGACGGUCUUCCCGUGAUGACAUGCUGUGGUUUGCACGCCAACAUUUGAUUAAGAAAUUUGCUAGUCAGCAUCAAGUCAAGGUUAUAAUGUGGGGCCAUUCCGUUACUCGGUUAGCUGAUGAAGUCAUGUCGCUGGUAAUAAAAGGCCGCGGUGCCCAGAUUGCGGCUACUCUCGACAGUACAGGCAUGGAUGUUGAAUAUGGUGCGCUUUUCAAGAACUUAUAUCCGCUUCGGGACGUUCUACUUUCAGAAAUAGAUGCCUAUUGCAGUCUUUCUAAACUCCAGCGCUAUAUUUAUAACUACAGUCUGCAAGGCUCGCUGUUUAUUAAAAGCCAAGAUGAAGCGGCUCAGGCUAACCGGGCUGUCCCCAUGGCCAAAAAUAUGACCAUCAAUGAACUGACUAGACAAUACUUUGAUGCAGUGGAAAAGGAUUACUCGAAUGUGAUCUCAACCAUUGUGAGAACAGCUUCAAAGCUAGACUAUCCGAUAUCUAAUGGUACAGAGGUGAUUUACUGUUCGAUUUGUAAUAACAGGGUGUAUGUUGAUCCGAGUAAGUGGUUGAAAUCCAUUACAGUGAAUAACUGCCAUCCUCCGGCAAGUGAUGAGGACAUGUCUAUGUUGCAAAUGUGGGAAUCCUCCUCAAAGGGUAAGGAGACACUCGCACGAAAUCAGGCUCGUUCCAAUAUUUGGUCGACGGCCGCAGAAGCACCGUUAUGUUACGGAUGUGUUGUAACAUUGAAUGAAACCAAGGACAGGGAGUUAAACUGGCCCUCGAGAGAACAUGAUGUUUCUCAGGUGCUGGCAGAAUUUACUUUAACCGACGAAGAGUAG